UGUCCGCAGUGGGUUUGGGGGUCUCCAGGUGGAGUUGGGCUGGAGGUUCCUGGCUUGGGGUGCAUUGGGGGUCCGAGGCGGAAUCAGGGUUAUUCCCGUGGCAGGGGUGCAUGGGAGCCCCGAUCGGGGUUCGGAGUGCCCCAGGCCAGGUUAGGGGUGUUCCGGGCAGAUUGGGGGGUCCCGGUCCGGACAUGCCUCGGUCGCGCGGGGCUCGGCUCCCCUGCCCGGCACCGGCCGGCGCCGCCUGCGUCUCGGCGUCCCCCUUGGCGGGGCCCCGUCCUGCGUGAGCGGCUCCAGUCCAGCCCGGUGGCCGGAGGCGUCUAGCGGGACCGAGUCGCUGCGGCCCAUGGGGGGCCGAGCCCCAGCGCCCGGCACGGGGAGCAGCCUGAGCCCGAGCGCGGGGAGCGCACGGGGCGCGCCAUGGAGCCCGAGCCAGUGGAGGACUGUGUGCAGAACACGCUGUCAGCCCUGUACCCGCCCUUUGCGGCCACAGCACCCACGCUGCUGGGGCAGGUGUUUGAGGUGGUGGAGCGGACGUACCGGGAGGAUGCCCUGCGCUACACCAUUGAGUUCCUUAUACCUGCCAAGCACAUCCUGGCACGCAUUCAACAGGAGGCCUGUGCCCAGUACAGCGGGUUUGUGUUCUGUCACGAGGGCUGGCCGCUCUGUCUGCACGAGAAGGUGGUGGUGCAGCUCAGCUCCCUGCCCUGGCAGCAGCUGUGUCCUGGUGACUUCUACCUGCAGGUGGCCCCCUACCUGUCCCGUGCCCCCCGCCUGGUGCUCAAGUGCCUGUCGCCGGACGGGCGCAGCGUGCAGGAGCUGCCAGUGCUGCCUGACGCCUACCCAUUCCUCUUCACUGCCGAGUGGCUGAACGGCAUCAACAAAGACCGGCGGGCCGGGCGGCUGGAGCGUUGCCUGCUGGCAGCUGAAGAGCGGGUUCUGCGCCUGCCCUGGACCGAACUCAUCUGCCCGCAGUUCGUGCACCAGGACAGCUUCAUGGUGGGGCAGCGUUGCCUGCCAGGCCCCAGCCCUGAGGUGCUGGGGGCUCGCAGCCCUGGAGACGGGCGCCACUCAGGCGGGGAGAGCCAGGAGGCGGAGGGUGGGAGCCUGGAGGGGGAGUAUGUGCAGCUCCUGGAAAUCAGCCCGCCCCGGCACGACGCCCCCCCAACCCCAGUGUCCCCCAGUUCCCAGAGCCACACCCUGCCCGCCCGCAAGGGCCAGGGCAAGGGCCGCAACCGGCGCCAUCGUGCCUGGCUGCACCACAAGCCCAGCCGGGAGGAGACUCUGCCCAGGAACCGGCCCCGCAGGACCUGGGAAGGGGGGUGGGCAGGGGCGGAUCCCGGCCAAGCAGGGCUCCUCCGGGGCUGGGACCUACAGAGGCCAUACGGAGAGACUGGAGGGCUGAGGGCCAGCCACGGGGAUGGGCAGGAUCGGGGGGGCCCCACACACAAAGUGGCAGCACAGAGUCGGGGCAAAGAGGGGCGGCUGCCUGGGGAGAGGCAGUGGGGAGGAGACACUGGGGAGAGGGCAGGAGAUCCCAGCCAGGGGGUUGAGCAGCAGGGUGGAGACCCUCCGGAGGGGCAGCGGGGAGGGGAUCCCAGCCUCGGGGAGAUGCAGCGGGGCAGGGACCCUGAGGAGAAACAGCAGGAUGGGGUCCCUGGGGAGAGGCAGCAAGGAGGGGAUUGCAGCCUCAGGGAGGUACAGCGGAGCGGGGACCCUGAGGAGAAGCAGUGGGAUGGGGUCCCUGGGGAGAGGCAGCAAGGAGGGGAUUGCAGCCUUGGGGAGGUACAGCGGAGUGGGGACCCUGGCCCCCCAGCCAUCUCUCCCCAGCCCAGCACUGUGGCUGAGGUGCAGGGGCUCAGUGAGGGAGGGGGGCAGGCGGCCUGGCCAGCUGCAUGGCCUAGCCCUGGGCAGCGGGAACAGAGCCAGGGCCUUCCAAGGCCGAGCAGCCCCCGGCAUGAGGCUCCCAGCCCUGACCUGAGGCCAGCCAGAGCAGAGCCACCAGGAGCCAGGACUAGCCCCCAGCAAGGGGCCGUUGGGAACUCUGCUCCAGGGCUGCCACACCGGGCUGCCAAGGGCAACCGCAGGAGGAGAAAGUGGGGAGGGAGAGGCUGCCCCACCAGUGUGGAUUCGAAGGAGCCUGGGUCUCCUGGGGCAGGGGUGGGGAACACCCCGGCUGGCACCAAAGAGGGGGGUAUCCCUGCUGGCAACGGACUCCCUGUUGUCCCCACCCCAGGAGAGGGGGACAUCCCUCCGAGCACCAAAAAGGAGGGCAGCCCUUCUGGCACCAGACUGCCCAUUACCUCCACUCCAGGAGAGGGGGGUGUCCUCCCCAGCACCAAAGAAGGGGGCAGCCCCUCUGGCGCCAAACAGCCUGUUGCCACCACCCCAGGAGAAGGGGGUGUUCUCCCCAACAGCACAGAGGGGGGCAACGCCUCUGGCACCAGACUCCCCAUUACCCCCACCCCAGGAGAGGGGGGCACCCCCCCCAGCAGCACAGAGGGGGGCAAAGCUUCUGGCACCAGACUCCCCAUUGCCCCCAUCCCAGGAGAGAGGGGCAUCCCCCCCAGCAGCAUGGAGCCGGACAGCCCCUCUGUCACCAGACUCUCGGUUGCCCCCACCCCAGGAGAGGAGGCCAUCCCCCCAAGCCAAGAGGAAGAGACUUGUGCUGACUGCCUCGGGCAGGGGGCCCUCACAGCCGCCCCGGCAGAGGCUGCAGUCCCCACCGGCGCAGAGGAAGAGGCUGCCCCCGGAUCGCUGGAGAGGACGGAGGCUGUUGGUGCUGGUGCAGCCCCCUUUGUGGAGAGUGUUUUGCCCCUCACGGGGGGUGCAGGAACCUGCUGCCCCGUGGAAUCCCUGCCCUCCACCUCAGCCCCUGUGGGGCAAGAUGUAGACUGGGAGCUUUUGCGCUCAGGCAUCUUUCAACUGACAGGCGGAGUAGACCGGAUGGGAAGGGCCUUACUGACUGUCACUCCCCAGCCCCCAGGGGAGCCGGCUGCAGCCCAGGGGGAACUGAGCCAGGCCCUGCGGUACCUGCAUUCGCUGCUCAGGAAGGAGCAGCAGGAGCUGGGGCUGACUGUGCUGCUGGAUCUGCGGCAAGGGGGGGCUCUGUCCCCCCACGCCCCUGCACUGCUGCCAGCCCUGCAGGAGCUGCAGGAGGCUUCACCAGCUCCUGUGAGCCGCCUGCUGGUGCUGGCCCCACUGGAGGGCCGCGAGGAGCUGCCCCUUACUCAGGAGGCACUCGUGCUCUCCCCAGGCGACCUGCCUCAGUUCGUGGAUCCAGAGCAGCUGCAGCCGACUCUGGGCGGGACCCUGCAGCACUCACAGACCCAGUGGGUGGAGAUGUGCCAGGCGCUGGAGCGGCUCUGCGGGCUCUGCCAGGGUGUGAUCCAAUCGGUGCAAGUGGCCAGUGCCGAGUUGGAGGCAUCAGAAUUGGCCGAGAGUGACGAGGUGCUCUCUGUGCGGAUCUCCAGGCACAAGGAUGCCAUGCAGAAGCUGCUGUCAGACCCACGGCUGCUGGAGUUGCAGAGCAGCGGGGGGUCCCUGCUGGCUCAACUGCCCCCACCAGGGAGCUGCAGUGCCCAGGCCGCGAGGGCUGCCAGCUUGUAUCAGGAGGUGGACGAUGCCAUUCAUAGGCUGGUGCAGCUCAGCAAUCGGCGCCUGGGGCAGCUGGAGCAGGAGAGGGGCCGCCGGCAGAUGACACAGGCGGUGGGCUGGCUGGCUGACCAUGGGGAGCAGGUGCUGGCAGGAUUCACCCCCAUGGAGGUGGGGGAUUCAGUGUUGGCCGUGGAGGAGACGCUGGCGAAGUUUGAGGCUUUUCACACCCUCGCCAAGGAAUGGCUGGCCCGGGGGCAUGAGGCUCUGCGUCUGGUUGGUGACGGGGACCUGGCAGCUGAGAGGCAGCAGCUGGAGAGCUUCGAGCGCCGGCUGGAGAGCUGUGCGCACACCAUGCACAAUGCCCUGCGGCUGCACCGCUUCCUGCAGCAGGCUCAGGACUGGGCCCUGGAGGGUGUCCGGCGCCUGUCGGCCAUUGAGGACGGCACAGGGCCGGAGGUGGUGCUGGGGACGCUGGGCUGGUACUGCCAGCAGCAUGGCGAGAUCUCGGACAGCGCCUUCCAGGAGAUGCGUGGGCUGGCGGUGCAGAGUCCCUGGGCGCUGCGGGAGUUGGGGCGCUGUCGGGUCCGCUGCCAGGAGCUGGGGCGCCUCCUGCAGCGGCGGCUGGAGGUGGCAUUGCAGGCUGGACUCCCGCCCCGCCGCCGGGCUGACAGCACCAGCGCCUCCUGCUCACCGCAGCGCCCAGUGAGGGGCCUGGGCACUGGCCUGGGCUCCUCCCGCAGCAUGAGCUGCCUGCUGCCACCGCCCGGCAGCCUCUCCCCUGGCCUGUGUGAGGUUCCCUCUUGCCACUCACUAGCGUCCCCCAGGGGCCCCAUGGAGAAUAGCGAUGAAGAACGGAGCCCCCCUCCCACCAGCACCCCCACCUCUGCCUUCUUCCAGGCACCCACGCUGCCUCUGGACACACUGCCCCCCUGCCAGCAUCCUGCAAAGGGUCCCCCCAGCACGCAGAGGGCACUGAGCGAGCCCGGCCCUCCCCGUCCCAGCGUCCUCAUUCGCGGGCUGGAAGUGAGCAGCCAGGAGGUAGUGGACAGGACCUGCUCGCCCCGGGAGCACGUGAUGCUGGUUCGCAGCAGCGCCCAGAGAGCCGAGGCGCCGUGGGGGGGCACGCCCAGCACUGAGCGGAAACGCCGCCUGGGCGCCCAGCAGCGGCUGGUGGCAGAGCUGAUCGCCUCCGAGCAGAAGUAUCUGGGCUGCCUGGCUGAGUUGCUGCCCCUGGAGUCGGGGUGCCAGGAGCUACCCCCCGAGCUGAAACGCGAGUGCAGUGCCUUGGAGGGCACCCGCGACCGGCUGCUGGGCUUCCACCGCACCUACUUCCUGAAGGAGCUGCAGGGCUGCGCCAGCCACCCCCUCCGUGCAGGGGGCUGCUUCCUGCGAUAUGCGGACCAGUUCAGUCUCUAUGCCCUCUACGUGAAGAACCGGCAGAAGCUCGAUGCAGCACUGGCCUCUCAGCAAGCUGCCAACAAGACAGCACACAGCAGCCUAGAAGGUCCCUGGGAGGAUACGGCGCUGGCAAGUGCCCUGCAGAGGCCCCUGGAGCAGCUGGAGCACUAUGGGCGCUUUCUGGAGGAGCUGCUGCAGGAGACGGACCUGGAGCAGGCGCCAGAGCGUGAGGCCUUGCGGGCAGCGCAGCAGCUGCUGGAGUCCCAGGUGCAGCACGGCAGGAACCUCCUGGCCAUGGAGCAGAUCCGGGGCUGUGAGCUGGAGCUGAAGGAGCAGGGGCAGCUGCUGCACCGGGACGAGUUCACCGUGCUGCGUGGGCGCCGCAAGUGCCAUCGACAUGUCUUCCUCUUCGAGCAGCUGCUGCUCUUCAGCAAGCGCAAGGGCACCGAGGGCGGCUUGGACGUCUACGUCUACAAGCAGGCCUACAAGACAGCAGAUAUGGGGCUGACGGAGAACAUCGGGGAGAGCGGGCUGCGAUUCGAGCUCUGGUUCCGGCGUCGCAAGCUGCGUGAGGCCUACACACUGCAGGCCUCCUCACCCGAGGUGAAGCACAAAUGGACCAGUGCCGUGGCCCAGCUGCUGUGGAGGCAGGCCACGCUCAGCAAGGAACUGCGCACGCAGGAGAUGGUCUCCAUGGGCAUCAGGGACAAGCCCUUUGUCAGCAUCCAGGGCCCUAGCCAGGCCCUGCUGAGCAGCCUGCUCACAGGCAGAGCCGCCCGCACCCGUGCCUCGGUGGCUCUCUCUUCCUUCAGCCCCUGGGCUGGGGCCCCAUGCUCCCCACCGGCUGCCACGUCAUCCCCCCGCCCCGGCCCUGCCCCCCUGGGCCUGUUCUGCGAUGCCAGCCCUGUGCCCCCUGCGGCAGGGCGCUCCCCCAGGGCCUGCUCGCUGCCAGGGCACCUGGAGGAGGAGGAGUGGGAGCUGGACAUCAAGCACAUCCCCCGUGCGUCCGAGACAGCCGCUGGCUCAGGAGCUACUCUGGCUCUGGGGGAGCCGUCCCCCAGGGGGGCAGAGUCGCCAGGGGGCUCUGCCCCAGUGCAGCGCCGGCCGAGAGACGGCCACGCCCCCCCCAACCUGGCGACCCCGCUCUGACCCUGGCACCGAGGUACAGCGGCUGGGACACCCCCCAGAGCUGGGUCUGGAGCCUGCACAGGAAGCUGUUUGCCUCACGUGGUCGCGUGGGGCAGGAUCGGAGCCCUGGGGCCGCCAGGAAUAGGACAGUCUGAGUCCCUGGCAGACCCCUGGCACCACACCCCACAGGCUUUCCCCCAUGGAUCCUCCCCUCCCAACCCAGUGCAUGGAGCCACCAGACAACCCACAGCCACUGCCCCAUGGGUCCUCCCCUCACCCUUCAUGGGACUACUAGGACCCUGUAGCUACCAUGUGGGCUGGGGGAUGGGUAUCAGUGGAGGGCGCAGCGCCCCAUGGCCUGGGAGGGGAAAGACAGUGAUGGUGUGGGCAGGAAACCCAUCUGGCCUGGGCGUCAGAGCAGCGGGGCUGGCAUGGGGCUAGAGGGGCAGUGAGAGCUGCACCCUGAGUCCGGCAAGGGACUGAAUAGCAUGAGGACCCCCCCCAUGGACCCUGAGUGUGCCCACCUCUGGCCCCUCACAUUCACCCAGCCCUACACGCACAUGCAGAGCAAAGCCCCCAUGAGGAUUGCCAUUCACGUGCAUACUGAUCCCUGUCUCACCCAGCCAUGCCUCCAUGUGCCCAUGCCCACACUGAUCCCUGUCUCACCCAGUGGUGACUCCACGUGCCACAACCCUUCAUGUGCACACGCCCACGCACACACUGAUCCCUGUCUCACCCAGCCAUGCCUCCACGUGCACACGCCCACGCACACACUGAUUCCUGCCUCACCCAGCCAUGCUGCCAUAUGCAAUGGUCCCUUCACGUGCUCAUGCCCACACUGAUCCCUGUCACACCCAGCGGUGACUCCACGUGCAACGACCCCUUCAUGUGCACACACCCACGCACACACUGAUCCCCGUCUCACCCAGCCGUGCCUUCACAUGCACACGCCCACGCUCACACUGAUCCCUGUCUCAUCCAGCCAUGCCUCCAUGUGCCACAACCCCUUCAUGUGCCCACGCACACACUGAUCCCUGUCUCACCCAGCCGUGCCUCCACGUGCAACAACCCCUUCACAUGCACACGCACACACUGAUCCCUGUCUCACCCAGCCGUGCCUCCAUGUGCCACAGCCCUUCACGUGCACACGCCCGCGCACACACUGAUCCCUGCCUCACCCAGCCAUGCUGCCAUAUGCAAUGGUCCCUUCACGUGCUCAUGCCCACACUGAUCCCUGUCACACCCAGCGGUGACUCCACGUGCAACGACCCCUUCAUGUGCACACACCCACGCACACACUGAUCCCCGUCUCACCCAGCCGUGCCUUCACAUGCACACGCCCACGCUCACACUGAUCCCUGUCUCAUCCAGCCAUGCCUCCAUGUGCCACAACCCCUUCAUGUGCCCACGCACACACUGAUCCCUGUCUCACCCAGCCGUGCCUCCACGUGCAACGACCCCUUCACAUGCA